CCCGCCUCUUACCCACCCGCAAUGAACUGGAAGUCAUGGGCGAUAUGAGCAACAACAAAGCCAACAGGCGGUGAUAAUUUUCAUCUAUCCACCACCGACAACAGGCCGGUGCCUAAUUAGGGCUUAUGAGCCAUGUUCCAAUACGACUGAUACGCUAAUACUCGCCCCCCUUUGGACGACACGCAGUGAUAUGUAUGCAUAUCUCUGGUACUUCUAAUUUGUGCGGACCGAGGAUAAUGCGACUGUACGAGAAGAAGAGAACCACGCAGCAUCACCGUUAAGCCGGUCUCGCACCGUUCAAAUGAACAUAAUACGACAUUAAUGCCGCCAUGCAUUGACGUUGGCAUUACCAGGCCCAUGAGGCCAUGGGAACGAGCCACCAAAGGAAAGGGUGGUCUUAUCCCAUUAUUGAUCUGUUUAUCAAUCCUUGUUAUCAUUUCCUUUGUCUAUCUGCACAUAUUUCCUUUGUUUUGGAGAAAAAAAGCCCUGGUCUGCGAUUUGGCUACCCGGCUACUGGAUGGCGUCCUUUGGGAUCUUUAUGAUUGAUUAUAUACCCAUGCUGUGUGGCUUUCUUAUUUCGCAACGUGCACUGAUUGUCCAUAUGCCAUGUUAUACUUAUUGAGUUAUGCCAGCUUGAUGGUUUUUUCCUUUUUUUUUGUCUUGAUGCUUUAUCUGAGCCAAUGAUGUUUUUUCUUUUCCUUUUUGGUUUUUCCCUAUGCAACCUUGUACAAUGUGCUGCUUUUACCUUAUAGAAUAUCUUUUGGUAUACUAGUAUAGACUACACUUCUUG